AUGGGUGAUCUUAGCUAUGUGCUCUUCCCAGGCUAUGAUAUCUACGGUUUUCAAUAUAUUCGUGAUAGCGAUGGUCGUAAGUCACCUGUCGGUGCCGAGUUCUCAUUGGAGGUGAAGAAGUUCAAUCCAGCUUUCAUUGAUCGUACGCGCAAAAUAGUUAGUUUUUCCCUCCCAGCCGUAAAGCUUGGCCACUCUAUACAGCUGGUAGAGAUUGGACAACAGGGCUCGGUGAAUGUUUCGAUGGGAAACAAUUCCGAUGAGGCGAAUGCCAACAGCAACUAUGUGGUUCUAACCCCAGGCUAUCAUAUCUACGGUUUCCAAUAUGUUCGUGUCAGCAAUGGUCGGAGGUCACCUAUCGGUGCCAAGUUCUCAGUGGGUACUCCCCAUGAGGGGAAGUGUGGUGUCAUCCCAACUAUCAGUCAUGGGGAAUAUCAAGUAGUCGAUGCAGGUGUUGGAAACGUAGCUACUUAUCACUGUAGCCCAGACUAUCACAUGAUGGGAUCUGGUCUGCUGAUCUGCCAAGAAAAUGGACAAUGGUCUGAAGCCCCUUCAUGUGUCGCCUAUUGCAAACCAUCGCUUAUCCCUAAUGGUCGUAUUGUAGAGCGAUCAGAAACUUACCAGAUAUCACCUAUCUAUUCUCCUCCUCCUCCUAUCAGUACUUUUCCUCUUGCCGAAGUUUAUCCAGAGUGUGAUAAAGGUUUUGAAGGAAUGGGAAAAGCAACUUGCUCAGGAGAUGGGGCAAAAUGGGAAUAUGAAACCCCAUUGUGUGAUACCGUUGAAAAUACCGGUAAGUACAUUCAUAAUAUCCUAUCUCCGGACAGUUAG